AUGGCUGACAUUUCCCCGGACAACCUCUUCAAGGCCCUCACCGGUUCCUUCUCCCCCGACGCUAAUCAGCGUCGAGAAGCCGAGAACAUCAUUACGGCUGCCCAAAGGCAGCAAGGAUUCAUGCAGGCCCUUUGCCGUGUGUGGAUCGAAGACAAGGUCGAGUCGGUCAUACGCCAGUCAGCGGCCAUCCAAGUGAAAAACGGCAUUAAGAACUUCUGGUCUCGUAGAGUGCAAUAUGAUGGCAGUGUGCAGCAGAUUACUGAGCCUGGGCCAUCUGGCUAUGAGCUGUGUGAUGCCGAUAAGGCGUUUGUCCUCAGUAACAUAGUUGACAUUGCGGUUCAUGCUAAAGGAGAUGCGAAACUCCGCAAUUUGGCUAUUGAGUGUGUCCGCGAAUGCAUUCAUCGUGAGUACCCAGCAUGCUGGCCUGACCUUCUCCCUCAGGCUUUGAGCCUCAUUGCUGCGAUCGAGGAUCCCAACAAGGUCAUGGUGGGCCUGCUAGUAAUAAGGAAGAUUGCUCGCGAGUUCGAGAUGAAGGCUCGUGGUCGUCCCGGUCGUGAGAGCUUGGACUCAAUAGUACAAGCCCUCCCGCAGCUGCUGGCGUUAGGGGAGAAGCUCUAUCCAAGUGCUGAGGCAAUGGACACUCAAGCGGUUGAUAUGCUACGUGUUAUCGCCAAGACAUUUCAUUCCUGUAUUCAAACCUCUCUGCACGAGAGCCUUAUCACGGACCAUGCUUCAUGUGGUAGAUGGAUGGAGUUGUUUCUCAAGUGCUCUACGAUGUUGUCCGUCCCUACGAGCAAGUUGCCUGCGGAUCACGAUCAAAGGCAGCAGAUCCCUCUCGCUAAGCUGCAGAAAUGGACCAUGAGGAACAUCCACCGAUUCAUCGGUCGCUUUGGCAAUCCCCGUUUGGUGGCGGCCCAUGAGGCGGACCAGAACGUGGCCGUGGUCAUGACCAAUUUCGCUCAGUGGUGGUUGGACACUUUCGGCCCAGGCAUGACUCAGCAGAUGAUCGAGCUCCUCCAGAAGAGGGUUACUCAAGGGGCAUUCGUGAGCGACCAGGUGUUGUAUCAAGUCUUCGGCUUCAUCGCAGAGGCCGCACAGCAUUCCAUCACUUAUAAGGUCAUCAAGCCUCAUCUACAAUUCCUCGUCCACGAUGUCGUCUUGCCAGUUUUGUCCUUCUCCCAUGAGGACCAGCAGUUGUGGGAAGCUGAUCCCGAUGAGUUUAUUCGUCGUCAAGGAGCAUGCGAGACCAUAUUCUCGGAUCCUCGUAGCGCUGCUGGAGAUCUACUACGUUCGUUCGUGAGCUACCGUGGUCGCGACAGUCUGAGCAUCAUAAUGGCUUCUAUUUCUACUGAUCUAGAGGCUUACAGUCGAAUGGGAGAUAAGGUGGACAUGGCCGCUUGCUGCAGGAAAGAUGGUGCUCUCAACGCGCUGGAGAACAUCGCGGAACAGCUCGCCCUAGCUGCAGUAGAGAAGUCGGGAAAAUCGAAGAAGUCCAAGAAGGGCAAGAAGAAUAAGAAGCCGUCUGCUGUUGAGAAUCAACUGCCUGAUGUGAACGCCCUUCAGCAGAUGCUGGUCAAUGUGGUCCUGCCGGAGUACAAGUCCCGAUGCGCCUUCCUCCGCCUGAGGGCAUGCUCGACCUUUGAGGCCUUCGUCACUGAGAAUAUCGAGUUUAGCGCGGAGGUCUUCGGUGCUGCCUUUGUUGCUACUAAGGCUUGCUUGAGCGAUACAGAGCUACCGGUUCGAGUGCAGGCAGGGGGUUCCAUCAAGCCAUUCUUCAACAACUGCUCCCCGACUAUGAGGCCCAUGGUCGCCCAAUCAGUCCCUGAGGUUAUUGACAGACUGCUUCGUCUCACCCAGGAGGUUGAUAGUGAAUCUCUUGCGGCAACUCUGGAGUCGAUGGCGACGGAGUUCUCAGAUGCAGUUGGACCGUACGCGUCUCAAGCUGUGAACCAUCUUGUCCCGACCUUCCUACGACAGAUGAAGGCUGAGGAGACGGAUGACGAUACGUCUAUGGCUGCUAUGGGUACUAUCCAGACUAUAUUGUCUUUGAUGGAUUCAGUGUUUAAGAACCCCGCUGCCUUGGGGCAGUGUGAACAGUCUGUUUGCGGGUUAUUGGAUGCUCUGUUCACUCCGGAUGGCAUUGACUAUUUUGAGGAUGGCUUGGAGAUCCUCACUGGAGUUACCUUCACCGCGCCUCAGCCUUUGCCAGAGUCCUUGUGGAGAUAUUAUUGUUUGAUCCACCAAGCGGUGUGUGGCGGCAACCUGCCUGGUCAUGAGCUCACUGGUCCUCUGUCGGAGGGUUGGGCAGCUGACUACUUGGAGAACAUGCUUGGUCCUCUGGACAACUACCUUUCUCGAGGGACUCAGACCUGGCUAACUGGGGUCGGACCAACAGGCAUGCGAUACACGGAGAUGCUCUUUGCCAUAGUGAAGAAGGGUAUGGAAAUGCAGGAUGACUAUGCAGCGGCUCAGUCGGCCAAGAUGGCUGCGCUGGUGUUUGAGAACUGCAAAGCUGGUCAGGCUGAUGAUUGGCUUGAACCUUACGUAGGGCUCCUUGCCACAGCGAUGAAGUCUUGUGAUAAGAGUAAAGGGAAGCAGGACGAGUUGAGAUGGAUCAUCUACGCCUUUGUUAUGAUGUUGUGGUACUCGCCCAAUGCUCUGGUUGCUGUCCUCGAUAAGCACAACCUCACGUUGGACGUUCUCUCGGCUAUCAUCCAGGGCGCUGGCUUGCUACGAUCCCAUGAUGAGAAGAAGGCGUUGAUUCUGGCCCUCGGCAACCUCCUGCGAUCGAUGCCGCAGUUGCCGGCCCAUGUUCAAGGGACCUGCAAGAAGGUGGUGCAGACGGCUUAUGAGCAGUGUAAGGAGGUGCACACUAUGCGGCUGAAGGCUAAGGAGAAGGCGGCCCAUCGUGGUGAUGAUGAUGAGGAUGAUGAUGAUGACAGUGAUUGGGUUGAAGAGGAUGAUGAGGGGCUUAUCCAGGACCUGGGGGAUGACGAGGAUGCUUCGGCGUCUAGGCAGGUGAAGCUGAUGCAGGAGGUGAGGGCUCAGCUGAUGGCCGUGUUGGCUGGGGAGGCUGAUGAUGACGAUGAGGAUGAUAGUGAUUAUGAUGACGAUGAAGAUGAUGAUGAGAAUAAGACUAGUGCUUUGGAUCGUUAUGACGAGUUCAUCUAUCUCGGGGAGACCUUGUCGCAGUGUCCUGCCUUGUUGGAACAUUCAGAUCUGUCGCCACAGGAUCAACAAACUUGGAAGAACAUUAUUCAGGAGCGCGCUAAUCAGUUGGCGCAAAAACAACAGCAGCAGAAGUGA